CCUCGUUUUUUUUUUUCUUUUCAUUUUCGCUCUCUUUUCCUCCAUUUUUCUACUCUAAAAAUUUCUUCUCCGGGCCCCAUAAACAGCCGGAAUCUCGAGCUUUCCCACUGGAAACGCCUCGAUUUCUUUAUUUCAACACGAUUCCCAUCUUUAUUCGCUAAUCAGCAUUUUAAUAUUCAAGUUUUGAGCUAUAAAGGGUCGCUUUGAAAUCGCUUCAAUGAUGUAUCUCUUGAAUUGUACCAAAGGUCUGCAGAUGAUGGCGGCCGAAGACAAGAAGAGGGUGGUGGUAGUAGGCGGAGGAAUUGGCGGCGCUUUUGUUGCUCAUUCUCUUCAAUUUGUCGCCGAUGUCGUGCUAAUCGAUAAGAAGGAGUAUUUCGAGAUCUCAUGGGCAGGCUUGAGGUCAAUGGUGGAGCCAUCAUUUGCUGAAAGAUCCGUGAUUAAUCAUACAGAUUACCUUCCCAAUGCAAGAAUUAUUGCAUCUUCAGCCACAAAUAUUACAGACAAGGAAGUUUUCGUGUCAGAUGGCUCGUCAGUUCCUUAUGAUUAUCUUGUUGUUGCCACCGGUCACGAGGAAACCAUUCCAAAAAGUAGAACUGAAAGGCUCAGUCAAUACCAAGCAGAAUGUGAAAAGAUAAAAUCUGCCAAUACGAUUUUAAUAAUUGGAGGAGGUCCUACUGGUGUAGAACUCGCUGCUGAAAUUGCGGUUGAUUUUCCAGAGAAAAAUUUGAAAUUAAUUCACCGGGGGUCGAGAUUAAUGGAAUUUGUUGGGCCUAAAGCUUCUCAAAAGGCAUUGGAUUGGUUAACAUCAAAGAAAGUUGAAGUAAUCCUAGAACAAUCUAUUUCAAUGGAAUCUUUAACAGAUGGAGUAUAUCAAACUUCGGGUGGCGAGACUAUUGCAGCCGAUUGCCACUUUAUGUGCAUAGGAAAACCAAUUGGAUCUCAGUGGCUGAAAGGGAACAUCUUGAAAAAUAGCUUGGACGUCCUUGGAAGACUGAUGGUUGACAAGCACAUGAGGGUCAGGGGUUUUAAGAAUGUCUUCGCAGUGGGAGAUAUCACAGACCUUAAGGAAAUCAAGCAAGGUUAUUUAGCAGAAAGACAUGCACAUGUAACAUCCAAGAACCUGAAACUGAUACUAACGGGUGCAAAUGAGAGCAGGUUGGCUACAUACAAACCCGGUUCUCAGCUUGCAAUCGUUUCGCUCGGAAGGAAAGAGGGAAUUGCGCAACUUCCUUUCAUUACAAUUAGUGGAUGCAUCCCUGGGUUGAUUAAAUCUGGAGACUUGUUUGUGGGAAAGACGAGAAAGGAACUUGGAUUAGCACCUUGAUGUUUCAUCGAGCACGCCCUCAAGCUGAACCAUCCAGUCUUUGCUGUACUUGGCUGCCAUUUUUGUCUUAGUUUCUUCCUUGGCCUGGUUCUACAAAACCAGCUGAUGUAUAUAUGGUCACCAGAGUUGCUGCAUAAUAUUGCACAUUCUCUGAUCUUUUCAAUGUGAGUGGCCAUUGUUCAUCAUUGUAUUGUAUCCUUCUCAUAAAAAUGGCUUCCAAAACAUUCUCUGAUGUGUGAUUUGAGAUGUCUUAGAAGAUUAUGAAAGGGGAAUUCUUUGAAGUUAUAUCUUAUUACAGAUCAGAAUAGUAACAUGUGUAGUGAGUUUGAGAGAAGCAUUGUGUUUGUGAAACUAUAUAUAUGUAAUAUUCAUUUUAAUUUUUUCAGAUUUUCAA